CCCCUGGGCCGCGGGGCCGCGCCCGCCCCUUGUUGUCGCGGCGGGGCGCGCGGCCGGGCGCUGUCUCCGCGCUCGCUCCGCCGCCGGGGGAGCCCGGGCAGGCAGCUCCGCUCCGCCGGCGCGGGAGGAGGCGCCAUGGCCACCAGCACCACGGGCUCCACGCUGCUGCAGCCGCUCAGCAACGCCGUGCGGCUGCCGGUCGACCAGGUCAACUUUGUAGUGUGCCAACUGUUUGCCUUGCUUGCGGCUAUUUGGUUUCGAACAUACCUUCAUUCAAGCAAAACUAGCCCGUUUAUAAGACAUGUUGUCGCAACCCUCCUGGGCCUUUAUCUUGCACUUUUUUGUUUUGGAUGGUAUGCCUUACAUUUUGUUAUACAAAGUGGAAUUUCCUACUAUAUCAUGAUCAUAAUAGGAGUGGAAAAUAUGCACAAGUAUUGCUUUGUUUUUGCUUUGGGAUACCUCACUGUGUGCCAAAUUACCAGAGUCUAUAUCUUUGAUUAUGGACAGUAUUCUGCUGAUUUUUCUGGUCCAAUGAUGAUAAUUACACAGAAGAUUACUAGUUUGGCAUUUGAAAUUCAUGAUGGAAUGUUUCGGAAAAAUGAAGAUUUGACUCCAUCACAGAGGUGCUUGGCUGUGAGACGCAUGCCAAGUCUACUGGAGUAUUUAAGUUACAACUGUAAUUUCAUGGGUAUCCUGGCAGGCCCGUUAUGCUCUUACAAAGACUAUAUUACUUUCAUUGAAGGCAGAUCAUACCAACUGCAACAGUCUGAAGCAAAUGGGAAGGAAGAUACAAAAUACGAACAAACGGAUCCUUCUCCAAAUAUAGCCGUGGCACAGAAACUCUUAAUCUGUGGACUGUCCUUACUCUUCCAUAUGACCAUUACAAAAACUUUGCCUGUGGAAUACAACAUUGAUGAUAACUUCAGAGCUACAGCAUCGUGGCCUAUAAGGUUUUUCUACCUUUAUCUGUCUCUUAUGGCUGCCAGACCCAAGUAUUAUUUCGCAUGGACUUUAGCAGAUGCAAUUAAUAAUGCCGCAGGAUUCGGUUUUAGAGGCUAUGAUAAAAAUGGAGUUACACAUUGGGAUCUAAUAUCAAAUCUGAGAAUCCAGCAAAUAGAGUUUUCCACGAGUUUCAAGAUGUUUCUUGAUAACUGGAAUAUCCAAACAGCUCUUUGGCUUAAAAGAGUGUGCUAUGAGCGAGCCACCUUCAGCCCAACGAUCCAAACCUUCAUCCUCUCUGCCAUUUGGCACGGGGUUUACCCAGGAUAUUAUUUAACAUUUUUAACAGGAGUACUAAUGACACUCGCAGCACGAGCUAUAAGAAACAAUAUCAGGCACUAUUUUGUUGAAUCUCCUGCUGUUAAACUUUGCUAUGACAUUAUAACAUGGAUGGCAACUCAAGUAGCAAUAAGUUACACAGUCGUGCCAUUUGUGCUGCUCUCUGUAAAACCCUCAUUCACCUUUUACAGCUCCUGCUAUUUCUGUCUUCACAUUGCCAGUAUCCUCGUGUUGUUGGUAUUUCCAUUGAAAAGAACUCAAAAAGGAAGUAAAAAGCACGAAAGCAUCCAGCCCGCGUGGUCCAAAAAACUAGAAGAAGAAAAUCUUUUGCAAAAGAACAGUUAUUCCACAGCAAAUAAUAGUUUCAGUCAAAAACAAGAAAUAACCUGCAAAUAUCAAGCAUUAAAACAGUGAUUGAGGGAAUACUAUGAUGAAUAUAUUUUGUAUGUUUUCAGAAACCCAUUUUUAGCACCUUUUAAAGGGGUUUGUAUUUGUUUGCAAAGAUGUUUAGUGAGAAAAGAAUGCAUUACCUAGGAAAAUCACAUACAAUAGCAAGACUGGAGACAAAACAAAGUAACCCCUCCCAUGCCAUGUCCCUGUGGGUCACGCCUUAUAUGAAGAUAUUACCAUUAUUUCAAUGGGCACUCAGGACUUGCAACGUAUGUCCACAGGGUCAUAUGUGUGCCCUUUGCUGAAUGUACGUUGUGUAUCCCAAGGCACUGACGGGGUGGAGUAAAAUUGUGUCAAUCUAGGAUUAGCAAACGGAAAUUAUUUUUUCCAAAUGAAUGACUUGCCUUAAACCCUCUAUUUACUGAAGUAUUGUUUGUAAGUGGAUAUUUUCAAGUUUGAUUUUAUGUGGAAAGCAUAUUUCAAAUAUAUAAUACCAUAUGUUAUAAAGAAGAUAAAAAUAGAAAAUUCAGAGCCAUUAGAAGGCUUUUCAAUAUCUAAAAGGGAAUUGCAAUAAGCAUCUCAGUAUUUGGAGGGUUUUCUUAAAGUAUCUCAAACUAUCACAGUACAUCAUGGAACUGUAAAUGUUACUGAUGCCAAAUUAUAGUUAGGUUUCUUUGAUAAAGAAUAUAAUUACACAUGGCCCUUCCGAAUGGAUUGAAAAAGCCCAGUAUACCACCAGAAGGUUCAUCUUUUCCAGGGCUUGAUAGCUCCAAUCUAGGUUUCUUUUAACAUACCUAAAACCAAUAUAAACAACCACUGCCAGGGGGGCUUUGCAGCUAGAGAAGGAAAGGCAGCCGCAGGACACGGAAGACAAUGUGCAAGCACCAGGAUUUCAAUGAAAGUGUGUUUUUACCCUUGAAUACCAGGAAUACCUGGUCUAGAAUACAACUGUUUUAAAAAAAAAAUGUUUUUAAUACUUAAAGUUAUUUUGAAUUUUCGGACAUACAGAGUUACUUGAUGGUGCUUUCAGUAUAAAAUAGCAGAAUUACUUGAACUGUAGUGCACAGGGAGUCAAACAUGAAAUUACCAUCAUAACCAGUUUCUGUAUGCUCGAUAACUGAUGGCCCUUUAUCCAAAGGAGUAUGUGAAUUUGAGGAAAAGCUUUUUCUUUAAAUUAGAAUUUUACAUGCCAAAUUCAUGUUAUAUUUGUGGGUAACGUAAUGUAAGAAAGAAAUCCUUCUGACUGAAUUAUGGAAGUGAAGGGAGCGAUGCAGUGAUUAUGUCUGUUCCAGGCCAUUUAUUGUGAUGAUGGUCCCUGCUAGAGUAAUACUGUUAAAGGGCUACAUUUUAAUUGCUUAUAUUCUGUAUUUUCUUGUAAUUUUUUGAAGUAUACACCAAGUGUGUAUCCACAUGGGGUUUUUUUAGCUUUAAAACUGACACAAAAUACUACUGGAGAGAAAUAAUGCAGCUUCUUGAUUAAUAACCUACAAAUGGGAAAAAAAAUUGUCAUAGCAUUUUGAACCUUAAAUUUUUGAUGAAACAUCUGGCACUAGUGGGGUGGAUAUUCUUACUACCAGAAGUGCAAUGAUAGCCCUUGGCUUUGGGGCUACGACCAUGCAAAAAUAUUCAGAGUACCUAUGGCUUACUCUGUAAAGAAACAGAUGCUAAGUCAGGUCAGAGUUGUUUCUUGCUGGGAUAGUUCUGUGCCUGGUCUUUGCCUCCUUGCCUAAAACUCUAAGAGGACAAUGUACCUUUUCCAUAAAUGUAGGUUAGCACUAAUUAACCUACUCAGUUAGAAAGGGGGAACUAGGUAUGGAAUGAGUGGAUGAGUCUGUUCAGACAAGUAGAGAUGUUCAUUUUGGUGACAGCUGUAUUAUCUUUAAAAGACUCUUAAUUUCUAAAUUCUUACUUUGAUGACCCAAGUCGAUCUCCCCUUCCUGGGGUUGUGGUUGUCACAUGCCUCUUUGAAAUGGCAUUAUGUUUUUUUCUGUUGCUCUUAACUAAGAGUACACUCAUUUCUGUGUUUGAUUAUCGUUAUUAGAUACAGAAUCAGGAAAGACAUUUUCCCACUUACUGUUCUUGAAGGGACAUUUAGAUAAAAUAUAUAGAAUUUCACAUUUCUGGCUGGGUGAGUAGAGUUAGGGUUGACUCUUUCAGCAUUUGUUGCUGUUGAACUUGAAUUCACCUUGUUGGUGCGGUCUACAUAUCGACCCAAACAAGCACUUUUGGAUACCAGUAUAACAUCUAACGUGCCAUUUUUCCCACUCAUGUUCUGGUACUCUUGUUUUCUUGGUUUGGCACGCGUGCCCAUCUGUGUGAUGGAGGCUUACUAACUCUUCACUAUGAAAUAUGAAAACAAGUUUAAGUGUUCCCAGAAGAUAGGCAGGUUUAGGAUAGCAAAGGCUGCUACUUCAGCGUGAGUGGAUUCACAGGUAUACUUUUGUUCAGAACUUUUGUCUGUGAAGAAGUCAAAACAGCAAAAAAAAUACAUCCAUGCUGUAGUUGGGCACAAAUGGCAAGGUAUGGGUUUCAAAACUGGAUGAGACUGGCGUCUGCGUGCAAUAAAAUUACUUUUUUCUUCUUGAUCUGAACCCCUUAAAUAAUUGCAGUACAGGAAGAUUUUAACAAUUAAUUAGUUUUGCAUGGAAUUUGGUUUUAAACGUAAUGUCCUAGAACUUGCCCUUUAAAUGCUGUUGCUGGUGAAUAUAGAAGUACCUUGAACCAAAGUCUGCUCUUCAUGCAAAUGAGUUAUCUUGGGGACUACGGAAAGAGGCUUUUUUACAUUUUUUACUCAAACUGGGGUUUUGUUGUAGCUUUCCUUCUCCAUUACUAGUUUUCCACCUUGCUAUCGCGCUGGAUCCUUUCUAUCCAUUCAGUCAGAAACUCAAGAGCAGCCAGUCUUGAUGCUUUAGAGAAUUUUUAGGUUUCACACUCAUCAUUCUUAAUGCUGAAUUUGAAAGGAUGGCAGUGAUUUACUGUUGCUUUUGCUGAGGAAAGCAAUAGAAGGUAGAUUUCCUAGGAACGUAAUAGGACUAAGGUAUAUUUCCUAGAAAUGUUUUGGACGUGAAGGAAACAAGGUAUUCAGUCACAUAUUAACUGAUGUAUAACCAAAAGGUAAAAGUGUUUUCUGUAUUGCAGAUCAGCGCACUGAGAAGUAAACACAACAUAUCAUUCAUCAUUUUACAGUGCUUUGCAGGGAUUUGCCUAUUGUGAACAUUCAUGAGUUAAUGUUAGUAAAUAUGGUUACCCUGGUAAAAACUAUUUGCUUGCUUAACCUUUUUUAACAUUUACGAUUCUGUAUUAAUGAGAGGGAAAUAUGUAUUUAAAUCAUACUUUCAGUAGUGCCUCCCGCUGUGGGACUCAGGCAGGCUUUCUUAGCCACCCUGACAGGUACACCCUACUUACAUGGGAAAAUCAUUCUUCCACGGCUGUUUCUUAAGUUGAUGUGUAGACAAAAUUUCAGUGGUAGGUGACACUUCAAAAUGCAUUACUAUGUAAAAAUAUUGGUAUGCAUUUCAAUAUGGUCUUGAUAGCAAAUUGUAAUUUAGUGAGAAGACUUGAUGAAGAGAUCUUUGCAUAUGCCCUGCUCUACGCUGACUUGUGGUAUGAGCUUUACCGGUGUAGUAUAUUAUUUAUUAGAGGAAUUUUACACUUAAAUAACUUGUUUGGUUUCCCCUUCGGGAAUACGAAUAUAAAUGCUGUGCUUGUGUGACAGGAUGCACACUAAGGUAGCUGUGCCUCUGUCGAUGGCAUUGAUUUGGUUACGGUAAAAUGUCCUCUGAUGCAGAGGAGACCUUUAUGAGAUCCUCACCCCUGGUCAAAUUGGUAUCAAAAGUAAUUUUAACAGUCUGGAUUGCUCUUUUGGAAGCUUUGCAAACAAAUUCUUGACAAUUUGUUUAAAUACAUCGUCAAAUGUGUCCUCAUGUUUGCCUGCAAAUGUGUCACUGUUGGUUACAUGUAAACUUUCACAUGCUCAACUUUAUAAGUUGGCCUUGAAUGAUAAAAAAAUCUAAAAGCACAAGUUACAAUAAUUUAGUAUUUCCUUUUCCUUAUCUUUAAAUCUUUUGCUUUGUAAUUCCUAUUGAAUUCUCAAGUUUGAGAAUUUUUCAUUUUCAAUGAAAAUUUGGAAAUAUUGCCAUUUAUAUUGAAAAGUGAUCGGUGUUAGAAAAUCAGGCGGAAAUAAACUGAAGGAUUUUAAUGUGAUGCAGACUCUACGUAUAAAGAAUACACAUUGGUUCUGUGCUGAUUCAUUGCAGCAUUACAUUAGAGGAUUAACCUUCAUGCGUUUCUCUAGGUCCAGUAACACUCACUCAGAAGAGCACUUGGGAGGUGUUUUCAAAUUUCCUGUUUAAAACCCAGCUGGCUCUAAGUGCUUUAACGAGUAUUUAAAUUCUGUGCUAAGUAUCUAAGCAGAUACUCCAGUGAAUUGAGCCUACUCAUAUAGACGACCUGACCUGCCUGGCUCUAAGCUAGCUGGCGCUGUCGGUCUCCAUCCUCUUCGCAGUAACGGUGGAACAGCCGGCUCUGAAGAAGUCUCAUGUCCUGUCCGUGGCCGGGGGCAUUUGCCAGAGGGCUCUGGGGGGAGCGAACCCUGCCUGCAGACCUCGACAGAGGUUCUGCUCACUUGCAGCCCAGGGAGAGCUGCUCUGGGCUAAGUCUGCCUUGGGUUGUGAUGUGUUUGCUGUUUUAACCGAGACAUUUUGCAAACACCGUGAAAUCCAGGCAUCCUGCAAAGUCACCCCCUAAGGUUAGAACUGCAGGCAUUGCAACAGUUGCUUAUCACGGUCAAAACUAAACCAAGAAAAGAAUUAAUUUCUUAAAAAGUUUUUUUCAGAUGAGCUUUUUGUAUGUUUUUUACAAAACUUAACCAUCAUAUGUAACAAUUUUCAUCCCAUUAAAUAUUGAAACAUAAUUUUGAUCACUUUUGGUAUAAAAGCCUGCAAAAGCAAAUUUUGCCACUUGUCACCUUCUGUGCAUUAGCUGUGUCCAGUGACUUGGGCCUGCUUCGGGUUUUAGACAUUUUCAGAUUGUCUAAAUCUAUGUACAUAUCCAUAUAAACAUUAUGUAACCUUUAUCAUUGACAAACCGUAGCUGCAUAGAGUGUGCAGAAAUAUACUUAAAAUAGGCCAUAUCGAUAUUUACAUGAGACUGGCGUAGAGCCCUCUGGUCGUAUGCUGUGCCUGUGAAGGCUGGGGGGCUCCGUUCUCAAAGCACUAAGCUUUCUGCUUCCUAAAGUGAAAAUAAGAGUCUGUUGGUUACACUUUAAGUGGAAAGCAAAGGGCUUCUUGGCUCUGUUGCAAAACCAACCCUUGCAGGACUUGGUCCUGCAGGCUAUGAAUACAAAAUUUGGCUUCAGAUAUGACCAAAAUCUGCACUAGGGCCACUUUCGGAGGAAACUUCUUACAUUAGUAGCACCUUGGUCCAGCACCUUAUUCCAAACAAACCUCUUGGCAAGAGAGACCUCUGCACAAUCUUCCUUCUUUCCUUUUUCUGUCUGAGGGAGGAAUAUCCCAAGCUGGAUUUUCACUGAGGUGUCACCACAAUACGAACAGGUAGCUGUGAUCCAUGUGCUAGUCGGAUUAGGCUUCCAAACUGUGAAGAUGGAAUCUGAAUAAAAAAACAGAGAAACAGGGUGCCUAGAGACCAGUAAUCAGAACAGCGCAACACUACACAUUAAAGGUGCAACGAUCUUUGUCACAAGAAGUCGAGGAGUAUUUGCCUACGCAUAGUUUGCCUUUCUACGUGUUUAUCAGUUCUCUUGACAUCUUUUCUUUGUAUCUUCUUUUGUCCAGUGGUGUUGACUAUUUCUAUGAAGAAUCUGCUGAUGUGUCUUACUGUGACAAAGGUGUCAAAGCGAUACAAUAGUAACUAGGUAGUUAUUCUUAAAUCCCAGACCUCAGAUGUGUUCUAGAUCAGUUAGUAGAGAGCAUUCAAAAUGUAUUGAAUGAAAAAUAGUGUAAGAUGGGUAACUAUAGCAUUAUUCAAAGACAUUGUAAUAAGUUAUUCGAUUUAAGAAUUUAAAAGACGGAACAUUGUUCUUUCCUGCCUUGGUUAAGGUUUCAAGGGAAUAGUUUUACCUCAAUGCAGAAGUAGUUUUGCCUCCAGCUACCCAUAUGUGAGAACACACCCCUAAAACUGGAUAGCUACAGUAUUCCUAAAUCUGUCUUUCCUGGUUCAGAAUACAAUGCAUUGCCAGUGAAUUUCAUUUUUAUUAUUCCAAAAUAUAUAUUUUUUAAAAAGUGUUAUUUUUCAACAGAUCCAUAAACUAAGUGUUGGUGUAUGGCAAAAUUAAAAUACCACUGUUAGUUACACUGUGAUUGUGAUAUUUUAAUAAUUACUUAUUUCUAAUUUGUCUCAGCAGUGCUGCCGAAGCAGCAUGCUGUUAUGUUUUAAAGGUGUUUUUAACUUGCCUAUAAAUGUUUUUUUCUAAUUUGUGUCGAUAAAUCUGAUUAAACUGUAGUUUAAAAAAAGUGAAC